GGCUUUGAUCAAUUUUUUAGGGCUCCUACAUUGUGCUUCUCCUGUUGCCCGGCGAGGAUGAGCGAGAUCUUCGAUGGGUACGAGCGCCAGUACUGCGAGCUGUCCACGAAUCUCGCCAGGCGAUGCAGCGCCACGGCGAUUCUCUCCGGAGAGGAGAAGAAGCAGAAGCUGGCUGAGCUGAAAUCCGGGUUGGAUGAAGCACAAUCUCUGAUCCAGCGCAUGGAAUUGGAAGCUCGCAGCCUCGGGAAUUCGCAAAAGGCCGUGUUCCUGGCGAAACUGAGGGAGUACAAGUCCGAUCUGACCUCGCUCAAGAAGGACGUACAAAAAUGCGCGACGACUGACGCUCUCGCUGCCCGCGAAGAACUCUUGGAAGCCGGCCUGGGCGAUUUGUCGACUUCCACCGACCAGAGAGGACGACUACUGUACGCGACAGACAAAAUGAAUCGCUCCGGAGAGAGGAUCAAAGAAAGCAAGAGAACUUUGCUGGAGACCGAAGAUCUUGGAGUCUCGAUUCUCCAGGACUUACACGACCAGCGCCAGAGACUCCUUCACACAAGAGACACGCUUUACGGCGUCGAUGACAACGUUGGCAAAAGCAGGAAGAUCCUCAACUCCAUGGCCAGAAGAAUAAAUCAGAACAAAUGGAUCAUGGGUGGACUCAUUAGCUUCCUCAUCGCCGCGAUUCUACUCGUCGCCUAUUUCAAAUGGGUGAGCAAGUAAGUGAUCGAUCCUCCGAUCUUAUCAGUCUCUCUGGAUGGAUAUAAACUAUGCCGUUGUGUGUACAUUCUUUUCCUCCUCCAUACAUACAUUAUAUAGGUACGUAACAAAGCUUACGUUCAUAGA